AUGAGGAGAAGAAUUCGGUCCUCUGCAGCAGCUGAUGCACGCCCAGCCACCUCCGGAAGUCUGCCUGCUCACAACCAAGGGACGCAGGUGCAGCACAUGCUGACUCAGCCCGUGCCGGGAAGUGUGAUAGAGUUAAAAGUUCAGCCAAGGACAACCUGGGAAGUGGCCUGUGCAGCAAAAAUGAUUCUGUACGCUCUGAACUUUGCAGUGUACUGGCGAAUGCCACCAACGCCAAGAAAAGGAGACCUACCACCAGACACCCUAAUUCCUGGUUCCUUCCUGCCAGCCUCUCAAAUAUUAUUGAGUGCUUACAAUGAUCCAGGUCCUGUGACAGGUGCUGAGGACCAAGAUGUGAGCAAAACCAGUCCCACCUUGGUCCUCCCAGCAUGCCCCCUGGUGGUUGAUCAUGUGUAUGACAGAACACUCAUUCUGGAAUGUUACACUGCCACUGUGAAGAAAGGUAGGACACGCAGGCCUCCACCAGGGCAGCACAGACACUGUGAGAGAUGCUUCAACCGUCACUGCCACAUGCCUGUGGAGCCCAGUGUCUCUUGCCCAGUGGUAAACUGCCACCUGUCCUGUGGUGCUACCUUCCACAUGUGCAAAGAGGCUGAGCACGAGCUACUCUGCCCUUUAGAGCAGGUUCCGUGCCUCAACUCCGAAUAUGGCUGCCCCCUCUUCUUGUCCCGCCACAAGCUGGCCAAGCACCUGCAAGUGUGUCCUGCCAGCGUGGUCUGCUGCUCCAUGGAGUGGAACCGCUGGCCAAACGUGGACUCUGAAACAACGCUUCACGAGAACAUCAUGAAAGAGAUCCCCGAUGAGGAAUGCUUGGACACAGCCCUGGCCCUUCAGGACCAGAAGGUCCUUUUUAGAUCUCUGAAAAUGGUAGAACUUUUCCCAGAAACUAGAGAACCCACGGAAGAGGAACCUCCUAUGAAUGGUGAAGCCAGCUGGGAGGAAAUGGGUGGAGCGGUGGGUGGGGAGAAUGCUAGUUUGCUAACAGGCCGCUCUCUGUCAGCCAUGAAUGGGGAGGUGGUAGAAUUGAGUCAAGAAGAACGAGAGGCGUUAGCCAAAACCAAAGAAGGGAUGGACCUGGCCAAGUUUGACAAGUGGGAAAAUAUAUUCAGCAAAGAGCAUGCAGCCUCAGCUUUAACAAGCUCAUUAGCCAGCAGUGACAGCAAGAGCAGUAACAGCCCAGAGAAAGAACAGAUUUCCAGCAGCAAUAGAAUGGUAGAGGAGGGAGCUGCCAAAGGAAAAGAACCACAGGAAGACCAGAAGCAGCAGGAUUUUCAUGCAGCCAUAGAAAAGACAGGACUUGCCCCUUGGCAGGAUGGUGUUCUGGAAAGGUUGAAAACAGCUGUGGAUGCAAAGGACUAUAAUAUGUACCUGGUGCACAAUGGGAGGAUGCUUAUUCACUUUGGUCAGAUGCCUGCUUGUACACCCAAAGAGAAAGACUUUGUUUACGGCAACCUGGAGGCUCAGGAAGUGAAGACUGUUUACACCUUCAAAGUUCCAGUGAGCUACUGUGGGAAGCGGGCUCGCCUAGGUGAUGCCAUGAGUUGUAGGCCAAGUGAGCACAAGGCUGUCGACACUUCAGAUUUAGGGAUCACUGUGGAGGACCUGCCCAAGUCAGAUCUCAUCAAGACCACCCUCCUGUGUGCUUUGGAAAGAGAACUCAAAGGUCACGUCAUCUCCGAGUCCAGGAGCAUUGACGGGCUAUUCAUGGAUUUUGCUACACAGACAUACAAUUUUGAGCCAGAACAGUUUUCUUCCGGGACGGUGCUGGCCGACCUCCUAACCACUGCCAACCCGAACAGCAACGCGAACGGGCUCCAUGUGGAGCUCCACAGUGAGUGUGUGACCAGGAGACACAACAAGAGCAGCUCUGCCUUUACUUUCACCUGCAACAAAUUCUUCAGGAGGGAUGAAUUUCCCCUACAUUUCAAGAAUGUCCACACAGACAUUCAGUCAUGUCUCAACGGCUGGUUCCAACACCGAUGCCCCCUGGCCUACUUGGGAUGUACCUUUAUUCAAAACCAUUUCCGUCCCCCAGGGCAAAAGGCAAAAGUGAUAUACAGUCAGGAGCUCAAGACCUUUGCCAUCAAGCCGGAGGUUGCUUCAGAGCUGAGUGAGGGAAGGAAGAACAACCAUUUCUCAGGUCGUGAAGGAAAAAACCAGAAUUCUCUAACCAGCCUGCCCCUGGAAGUCCUGCAGUACAUUGCUGGGUUCCUAGACAGCAUCAGCCUGUCCCAGCUCUCCCAGGUGUCCGUGCUGAUGAGGAGUAUCUGUGCCACUUUGUUACAAGAGAGAGGGAUGGUCCUCCUGCAGUGGAAGAAGAAGAGGUAUUCCCAUGGAGGCACCUCCUGGAGAGUUCACAGAAAGAUUUGGCAAUUCAGCAGCCUCUUCUCCAAAAUCAAGAGCUGGGAGUUUAAUGAAGUUGCCUCCAUGUCUGAGCACCUGAAAUCCUGUCCCUUCAAUGUUGUAGAACGCAAGACUGACCCGAUUCUUUUGACCAGCAUGCGUCAGUCCCAUGAACAGGCCCGAGAGACCUUAGUCACCACCUUUAGAGCCAGACCACGAGGAAGACACACCUUACACUAA